GUGUCUGCAGCACCUCCGCAACGGUCCUUUCUGCACUGUUGUCGAACCUGCAGAUUGAUUUUGUGAUUGGUUGAUGCACAACAGCAUGGAGACGGCGUUCACUGUGUGGCACAUCUGCAAUGGCGCCGAGGAGAGCGGCCACUUCGAGAUGGUGCAGCUGCCGGACGGGCAUGAGUCGGCCGUGAGCAGUGACGCAUCUGGGGACAGGAUCACUCGUGAUGCAGAGGGGCAGGUGAUUCAUAGCAACAAGGGGGGGAGCGGCGCUAGAAGUCAGCUGGUGCGGCUGUCUGCCGGUGCAUGUGUGUAUCGGGUGGACCCGGUGCUGCUGGAGGAUGUGGAGGGCACUGUGGAUGACUGCACGCAGGUGCAGACAGACCCACAAUCAAUGCAAUGCAUGCCAUUGGAUGGAGGGAUAUGUAUCUGUGUGUGUUUUAUUUGGUGGGUGCAGUUGAGUUAUCUGAACGUGGCGAAUUUGCUGGAGAAUGUGCGUCGGCGGUACAGACAGGCGGGGCAGCAGGCGGCACUGUGCCACCAAAUAUACGUAAGUACGCGAGAGAGAGAGAGAGAGAGAGAGAGAUUCAUGAUCCAACCGGCAGACAGGCAGACAGACAGACAGACAGCACUCUCAUGGUUGCCUGCAGACAGCAGUGGGCGGCGUGCUGCUGGCUGUCAAUCCCUUCUCCUCUCUGAACCAACACAGCCAUUGUCCCGCUAGUGAGGGCAGCAAAGGCCAAGACAACAAGAGCAAACCUGCGCUUUAUUCGGAGGCCAUGAUGCGCACUUACUACGGACGGGGCCUGGCAGGCCUUCUGCGUGACCCCCACCCCUUUGCUGUGGCUGAGGCUUCAUACAAACAGCUGAAGGCAGAGCGGACAUCUCAGAGCAUCAUCAUCAGGUGUGCCCACUGGCAAGCAAAGGACGCAUAAAGCCGUGGACAGAGGAAGAGACACAAGCAACCAAUGGUCUGGUCGGCCGGUCGGUGUAUGCAGCGGGGAGUCCGGGUCGGGCAAGACAGAGACGGCCAAGGUGCGCCUGCCAGAGAGGUCAUCCAGCGAUUCAGCCAUACUUGUGUGCGUCCUGCCUGCUCGUGUUGGUUGCUAUGCACAAACCUCCUCCUGUCUGCAUGGCAUGCAAUGCAAUGCAGCACGUCCUUCGGUACCUGACGUCAGCGGCUACCCACGCGGGCGACGUGCCACCGGCAGCAAAGGGCUUCGACCUCGCUUCAAGGCUCCUGCAGGUCAAUCAACGAGCGAAGCUCGAUUGACAAACAUACAUCCAUGUUUGUCAGCAUGUGUGGGGGGCCCUGCAUGUGUGUGUGUGUGUGUGCAGAGCAAUCCGAUAUUGGAGGCAUUCGGCAACGCACACACGGUGCGCAAUCCAAACUCCUCUAGAUUUGGUUGGUGCAGUGCAGUGUAUUGGCCGGCCAGCCGACUGGGCAGCCCACACACGCAAGUUGGAGAGACACAAGUGGAUGGAUGGAUGCUUCUUGUGCGCACCACCUCCAGGCAAGCUGGUUCGGCUGUGCAUGAGCCCGAGUGGGCAGCUUAGGGGCGCCUCCAUCGACACGUACCUACUUGCCAAAUCACGGGUGGGGUGGGGCCGAUACACACACACGCACACCUGGAUGCUCAUUCAUUCGCAAGGGGUGGCUUUGCCUGUCUGUGCUGCAGGUGGUGUAUGUGCCAAGCCGAGAGCGCAACUACCACAUUUUCUACUCCCUGUGUGAGGCGGCGACCGAUCCAAACAGGCCAUCAAAGCCCCUCCUGAUGGACCCAUUGCUGCCGCCGAUCAGACAGGCCGAGAGCUAUGCAUACCUGCAAUCCAAGGUGGAUGGCUGCUGUCGAUCGAUAUCGUGUCUCAUUCCUUGCUCUGUCUGUGCGUGGCAGGACCCUCCAGCUGGCCUCCCUCUCUUUAGACUCGAGAACAUACAGUGAGGGAACCGAUGAAGUAAUUCAUGGUGAUUGAACGUACAAGCAUUUUCGUGUGCAUGGGGAUGGUCUGUGUGUCUGUGUGUCUGUCUGUCUGUCUGUCUAUGUGUGUGCAUGGCAUGUAGGGCUGCCUUUGAGGCGUUCCGUGUGGACCGCUCGACGCAGCAAAGCAUAUGGCGGACCCUGGCGGCCGUCAUGGCACUCGGCAAUGUGUCUUUCAACGAGGACGGGGGCGACGAGGCCACCAGCACUGUGGGGCCAAAGGGGAAGGAGGCACUGCUAGAGGCCGCUCACUUACUCGGUGGGUGUGUGGGUGGGGAGAUGCAUAUCGCAGAAGGAAGAAGCGCAAAUAAGCAAGGUGGGUGCGAUGGUGUGGUUAGGGCUAGAUGGUGCUGCGGAUGAGGGCCACGGCAGCCGGGGGUAUGCUCUGUUGGAGCAGGUGCUGACCACAAGAGGAGUCAGGGAAACCAGAUCGACUCUCAGCAGUGAGUGAGCCAGGAACAAUCACACGCACCUGUCUGAUGCCUUGGGGGGUUGUUGAUAUAUUGCAGAGAAGGCAGCUGAGUGGGCGCGGGACGAUCUCGCAAAGGUCAGUCGGCCACAUUGACACACGACGCAGAUGAACUGACGUCUGCGCGUGUGUCAGACAGUCUAUGUGCGGUUGUUCGCCUACAUUGUGGGGCUCAUCAACUGCAGCCUCAACGCAGACAUCGCCAGCAAGGACGCAACAUCUGAUGGAAACGACGAAAACGAUACCGCCAGUCUGUUCAUCGGCGUGCUGGACAUCUUUGGCUUUGAGAACCUGGUCCGUCAGUCAGUCAGUCACAAUCUCAAUCUGCAGGCAGCUGUUAGUCAGUCAUGGCGUUGAUUCGUUUGCUUGUCUCGUUCAGAAUCCGCACCUGUGCAACGGUUUUGAGCAGCUGUGCAUCAACUACUUGAACGAGCUGCUGCACCAGCACUUCCUGCACGCCACCAUCAGCACCGAGCAACAGCUAUACAAGUAAGGAGAGAGACUCACUCCUAGCACACACGCACCCGUGUACGUGUGCAGGAGUGAGGGUCUCCCUUUCCAGCCCAGCGCGCCUUUCCGUGACAAUGCCGACCUCAUUCAGUGCCUUGGAGGCACACAGGAGACGCCAGGCAGAUUUCAUCUGCUGGACGAGGCCACACGCAGCCCCGUCAACAAGGGCGCAAGCAGAGACGCACUCUUCUGCUCAGCUGUCAGACACACAUCCAUCCAUCCAUCCAUCUAUCCACACACCUUUCCAAUGCCUUCAGGUAUCGAGCAGCCUGGGGAGCCGGUUUUCCCACCGCAUCAGGGUGUCGCCCCCUCCUCGCGCCACACGCGACGCGUCACAAGCGAGAUCGGCCCACCCCUUGAGCGUGUUCCAUUUCGCCGGCAAGGUCACAUACGAUGCAGACGGAUUCACAGAACAAAACAACGACAACCUCCCACCAGGUGAAAGAUGUGAUGUCAGCCCAUGCAGCGCAAAAUACUUACAAGAAUUGAAUUGGGAGAUGCACAAUAGAUAGUGUAGUGACUGUGUUUGUUCAUCAGAGCUGGAGCAUCUGCUGGCUGAGUGCAAGGGGAUCGUGGGCUGUGCUCCGCAGGACGGUGCUGCUGCGACUGCAUCGAAUGAGAAGGGGAGGGGUGGUGCGGGCGGGAGGCACAAGUCGGCGGGGCUCAACUUCGUGGGGCAGGUCGAUCGGCUGCUCAAGACGCUCGGGGCAACAGUAAGCACAAACACAUUCACACACCCAAGGCUGAAGAAGUGAUUGAUAUGGCUGUGGCCUGGCCUGCAGACGCCCCACUUCAUCCGGUGUGUCAAGCCCAACGUCAAACAGGUUCGUGCAUUGAUUGCAUUGAUUGAGUGGGGCAUCCAUCCAUGUACCCCGAGACAUGACAUCAAUCACUCCUGUAUGGUAUAUGAUGUGCCUUUGUUUGAUCCCGGUGCAGCUGGCAUUCGUCUUCGACCGCUCCAAGGUCUACGAGCAGCUCGAGGAAAGGUAUUCAACUGACACAAACGAUCCAUCCUUCCACACAUUUCUGUCUGUCUGUCUGCACGUCUACUCACUGCACACAGCGGCUUGGUGAGUGUGCUGGAGGUAAUGGCCCGCGGCUUCCCCUGCCGGCUGCCCUACGCCACCCUCCACAGUCGAUACCAGCACCUCCUCCACCCCGCCAUGCAGUCGCGCAUCGCACCAAGAGACUUCGCCGACCUCAUCACGGCAUUCCUCAACAUACCCAAAGGCGACUGCACUCUCGGGCUCACACAGGCCUUCUUCCGCCUCGGCUCGCUGCAGCUGGUGGAGCAGAUCCAACACACGGCCGAUGACAAGGUAGGUACGGUGCCUAUAUGAUGCUUUCACAAAGGAAGCAAUGCAAUGGCCCUCAUGGGUGCGGUGCAGUUUCGGCGUCGUUUGGCCGAGGAGACCUUUGUGCUGUGGCUUCGGAAGCGGAGAAAGAGGGUGCUCGGUGGCGUCCGCGCGGCCGUCAGGUUCCUCAUCGGGGCCAAGAAGAGAAGAGGUCACACAUUCACAGAACAGAGCCAUCACACCACACCACACCCAGUACAAUGAAUGCCUGUGCGUGUGGUGCAGCUCUCGCUGUUGCGCAGGCCUGCCACCAUCACCUGAAGCAUGUGGUGCUGCCCAGAAGGAGACACAAGUGAGUGGAUGGAAUGGACGGGAGGGCAGCUUGGUACACACACGCUGAGCUCAGCCACCAGAUCACAUGUGUGCCGCGCAUGUCAUCAGGGCGUGUAUCGUCCUGCAGACAGCUGCUAGGUGUCUCAUCGCCCGGCGCGUCCUGCACACGCGGAGACAGCAAGAAAACGAACGCAGACGCAUUGCCAAAGAGCAGCAAGACAGAGACAGGGAGGAAGAACCAAGACGUAUCGAAGAAAAGCAGCGGCAGCAGAGAGAGCAAGAAGCCCUUCGAGAGAAGCAACGGAGAGAGGAGGAGAUUGGUGGUGGUCAUGUGGAGCCUUCAGCCGAGCGGAUUAUAUCGUGGCUGUCGCCGACCGACCGAGACAGCGUCAUCCCCACGGCAGAGACACACACCGAGGAGGACGCUCCCACAUACGCGACCAACGAACAAGACAACCAAACCAACAGCCGCAGCCAAGUGAAGAACAAAAGGAGCACACGGAGAGAGCCACCCUUCCCCCUUCCUGAACCAGCACAACAGCCGUCACACGACGGCAGGAACCAUCAGGCAAAACGACGCCAGCAUGUUUCCCUCGAGCCCGUGGAUGACGAGAGAGGCAGCCGCGAUGGAUGUGUCGGCAACGCAGCCAGGAGGAGACGGCCAUGCAGCCACUUGCGGG